AACUACUACAAGUGUCCAGAAUGCGGCAUGACCGUCGAGACGCCUAGCCAACUGCGCAGUCAUCUGGUGAAUCGCCACGUUCAGGCGCGCCCCUUUGCAUGUUCCUUUUGCACAAAGAAAUUUAAGAACAAAUGCGACGUGAAGCGUCACGAGGCGAUGCACAAUCAAAAGUCUAUGCUAGAAUGUAACCAGUGCGACCGCAAGUUUCGGUGGCAGAUCUCCUUGCGAGCCCAUCAAAAAAUUCAUGCCCAAAACGGCAAGCAGCACUACGUGUGCCAUCUGUGUCGUGCGCUGUUUUGGCGUGGCUAUAACCUGAGCGUCCAUCUGAGGGACAAGCACGACGUUUCCAUCCCGCUUGGUCACUCUCGUUUCAUGUACGUGCCGUGGUAA